AUGGAAGUCAUAUCUACUCACACAAAUAGCUUUGUCAUCACAAUCACCAUCAACGACCACCACAAUAAUAGCAAGUCCAAUCACCGAAACGGCGGAACAACUCAUGACAAUGGCAAUAAGCUAUUAUUGGGAAACUCCAACUCUAUUAAGCCUGGUUGGUUUUCAGAGUUCAGCGCGUUAUGGCCAGGUGAAGCAUUCUCAGUAAAAAUUGAGAAUUUGUUAUUUCAAGGGAAGUCAGAUUAUCAAGAUGUCAUGCUCUUUGAGUCAGCAACUUAUGGUAAGGUUCUUACAUUGGAUGGAGCAAUUCAACACACAGAAAAUGGUGGAUUUCCAUAUACUGAAAUGAUUGUUCAUCUACCACUUGGUUCAAUCCCAAGUCCCAAAAAGGUGUUGAUCAUUGGUGUAGGAAUUGGUUUUACAUUAUUCGAAGUUCUUCGUUAUCCUACCAUAGAAAAAAUAGAUAUUGUUGAGAUUGAUGAUGUGGUGGUCGAUGUGUCUAGAAAAUUUUUCCCCUACCUUGCGGCUAAUUUUAAUGAUCCUCGUGCAACUCUUGUUCUCGGCGAUGGAACUGCAUUUGUAAAGGCUGCACAAGCAGGGUAUUAUGAUGCUAUUAUAGUGGACUCUUCUGAUCCUAUUGGUCCAGCAAAAGAUUUAUUUGAGAGGCCAUUUUUUGAGGCAGUAGCCAAAGCUCUUAGGCCAGGAGGAGUUGUAUGCACGCAGGCUGAAAGUAUUUGGCUUCAUAUGCAUAUUAUUAAACAAAUUAUUGCUAAUUGUCGUCAAGUCUUUAAAGGUUCUGUUAACUAUGCUUGGACUACUGUUCCAACGUAUCCCACUGGUGUAAUUGGUUACAUGCUUUGCUCUACUGAGGGACCAGAAGUUGACUUUAAGAAUCCAGUUAAUCCGAUUGACAAAGAUAUAACCCAUGUCAAGUCAAACUUAGAACCUCUCAAGUUCUACAACACUGAU